GCGCUAGUGUCGCCUCCGCCCGCCCAGUCGCCGGCCGCCCGCCCUCAAGCGCACGCGCAUCUACGUCACGACGUGCUAACUGGAAUAUCAACGGACGUUUGUUGAGCAUAUGGAUACUGGAUGAAAACUUUCAAAUAUGUCCUUCAGAAAUUGCUAUGAACCUACAACAUAUGGCCGGAACCGUGAUAGCGGAAGAACAAAUUCUACAACAGAUAGACCAACGACAGUUACAGCUAAAUACACGAGUCCCACGUCAUCAUAUAAAACAUCAAGCAUCCCUGUCCUAUGUAAUGAUCGCUCUGCAAGAGAAGAGACACCGAUUUCAACUGUAGCGAGUCGCUAUGCAAGCUAUAAUAAGGCUGAUAAAAUAAAUAAAUAUGACAAAAAAGACGUAAACAAACACUUGGUCCCUUCAACGACUAUCACUAAAACCAGAGAUGUUAGUCCAGUAUCACUAACCGCAAAGUAUGGUUUAAGUAGAACAUCAAGGCACAUAAGCCCUGAUCGAAGAACAGCAAAAAGUUUAAAAGAAAAGAAAAGUGAAGCCAUCUCCACUGAUCGUGACAAAGACAUUCCAAGCAAGACUGAUAAGUCUGCAGGCUAUAGUAGUAGCCUGUCGAGCUUUAAAUUAUAUCCACGUUCUUCAAGUUACACUAGGCCUGCAACAAGGACUGAAACUAAACCAGAAGUUACUGUGAACAGAUACGCAAUAGCAAGUCGUUUAUCGACAAGCUACUUGAAAAGCCCUACGCUAGUAAAAAGAACAUCAGUAUCACCAGUAAAUGUUAAAGACUCUGAUAAAACAGAAAGUACCCAACAUAUAAAAAUUGCAGACGGUAAAGAAACUACACAAAAAAAUAAAGAAAAAGAUGUCGAAGAGAACGACCCUGAAUCAGAAAACAAUAACGAGGUUGAAACUAUUAAUGUUGUCACUCGUCAUACAUCACCAACACCUCCGGGAUCAUCUGCAUAUGUAAGGAGUCGACGAGCAGAUUUAGCAAAAACUAUUGAAAAAACUAUAUCCCGCUUAAAAAAGAGGCCUGAAAUGGUACAUAAAGAAAUACAAUCUGACAGAUUAGAUGAUCCUACAAGAUUGAGCAGAUUUGGUAGUACAAGUAGAACAAGCCUUACCAACUGGUCAUAUUAUUCACCAAAAUCUCAUAACUAUACAGGAUAUGCUGGUAGGUAUUCAACACAAUAUUCAAAUUUGCGAGAAAAUUCGGCACUUAAUAAUUACGACAAAAAUAACCGAAUCAGUACAGAACCUUUAUCAAAAGAAAAUUCGAAUAUUUCGAUACAUAUAGACAGACAUAUUGAAUCGGAUAGAAUAGACAAGACUGAUGAUAUAACAACCAACUCAAGCAAAAUCACUGAAACUACUAACCCACAACCAGAAAGUAACCAUUCAGAUAUAGUUGUAAAUGUUAAUUUGAAACUAAAGAAAGUACAGGAUCAUAUUCCACCAGCAGAACUCUGUUGUUCCGAAAUAACUUUAACAAAUAGCAAUUUACCACCCCAAGCCCCUAAGGCGGAUGGACCACAGAAAAUUAAAAAAAAUAAAGUUCGCAAGUCAAGCACAGACUCUUCAUCCGAUUCCAACACCAAGAAAAAACUUGUUAAAAAGAGAAGUAAAUCAGCGAGUUCCACUGAUUCUGAGCAAAGUAAUGAUACAAAUAAAAACAAAGGGCUACGAUUGAGUUCUUCAUCUAAAAUAUUGAACACCACCGCUUCAAGUACUAAUUUGCAAAAUGGUCCAUUAAAGUCAGCACAAUCAAAAUGUAGAGAAAGUAAUAGCCCGGAAUCAAGUGUAACUUUAUCAACUCAAUCGUCAGUAAGUGAGGAAGAAAGUAAUCACAAACAGAACUGUAACGAAUUUCGAACUUCGACGUGCGAGGAGCAUUUAAUAAAGCAAACAUCUCCAGUGCGAACAAUUAAAAACGAAGGAGGAACUGAAGAAGCAAAGUCAUUUCUAAUCAGAGCUUUAGCUCCUGUUACAAACCUUUUUAAACUAAAACAUCAAGAUUCUUUUGAAAACUCGCGCCGUCUUGAGAACCCAACAGCAGAUUUAUCAAGUAACGAUAGAACAAGUUUCACAUCUGAAAAUAGUAUAACAAGUAAAAGUAAGAAUAAUUCUGAUAACAUAAUAGCUUCAAAUGAUGAUGGUGUAGUGAAAUUGAAAUCUAUUCGUCCGAUUGAAUCCCAAGAUAAGACGUGGCGGCUAGACUCAGACGAUGUGAAAGCAUCUAAAUACCAACGAGAAACGGUACGACAAAUUGAUCCGGGUAAAGAUCUUAAAAGCGAGAAGCAAACUUGCCAAUUGAAUCUUACUGAAAGCGUCGAAUCUAUGAAACCGUUGAAAAAGUACCUAUUAUGCGAUGAUGAAAAGCCAUGGUGGUUAGAUAGCAGUGCUAAUAUUCCAGAAGGUAUUGAACGUUUGACACCUCCAAGAAAAUCGUCAAGCGACAGCGAUAAAAGUGAAAAAGGUUUAAAAAUUAAGAGCAAUGACUCAGACGAACGAAAAGAUUGGAGAAUUCCAAACAGUGGGAGUUGCUCUCAUCUCAAUUUAGCAGAUAAUCAAAAUAGCUUGAGUAGAUCUAAUUCAGAUAUAAGAAAUUUUCCUUUGAGACGUAUACGCCAUGUAGAAUCAGGUGAACGUCCUUGGUGGCUAUGUAGUGACAAAAACAUUCCAGAAGGUAUCGAAAAAUUACCACCACCAGCACCUGAACAUGAGAGCGACAGUUCUGACUCUGAAGACGGUCAUCUGUACAUGGCUACGGACUUGCCUCCGUUUCCAUUACACCUGCCCGAUGAUGAGCCAUUGGGAGUUAGAAAAAGUCCUGAAGGCUUAGAAACGCCUGAAGGAAAUGAAAUGUAUCGUGGUCGUAUUUCUCCUUAUGAAAAUUAUCAUUAUUUUAGAAGAAAUUCUAAUCAGGCCGCUUAUCAGAAAUGUUCUGAAAAAUUCAUAUGUCGUUUUACUGACAUAGAUGAUAUAUUGGGCACAUCUGGACAGAUUUACAGUCCUUUUAUGGACUCUAUAUUGGCGAGAAGGACUGGACAUAUGGCAUUUGAAGAUGACGAUUGCGAAGAAAUUGAUCCUACACAAGUUCGCAUACACGACAGUACUGCUCAAUUACCAGUCAUAAAGAAACUGCCUUGCAGAAGCGACAUACUGGACUAUCGGGACGAAGACCAGCUCGACGACGUCACGCUACAGGUGUUCAAGGACGGCGACUACGGAGCAUACCUGGACUUAGAUUCGACACUCGGCGAACAAGAUGAAGAACUUGAGGGACUUCAAGACAACCGCAAAAAUUCGCUCGUGUUACGGACUCAACUUUCUGUACGAGUACAUGGAAUCAUUGAUACGCUACUGCGCUCCCAAGGCAGGGAGCUCAGGAGAGCUCUGUUCACACUCAAGCAGAUACUGCAAUCAGACAAAGAUCUCGUCCAUGAAUUUGUCGCGAACAAGGGCUUGGACUGUCUCAUGCAGGUGGCCAACAAAGCUGAUCACAACUAUCUGGAUUACAUUUUAAGAGCCCUUGGUCAGAUACUCUUGUACGUUGAUGGCAUGCACGGGGUUAUGAUACACAAGAGAUGUAUACAGUGGCUGUAUUCGUUAAUAGAAAGCAAAUAUCGGCACGUUGUGAAAAUAUCUCUUAAACUUCUACUGGUUUUCGUUGAAUACGUAGAUAAAAACUGUUUGCUCCUCAUCGAUGCCAUUAACGUAGUUGAUGGCACCAAUGGCAGGCAGCCGUGGUACAACGUCAUGAAAAUUCUACAAGAUAUCGAUGCAUCUGAUACUGAACUACUUAUAUAUGCAACAACAUUAAUAAAUGUAUGUUUAAAUAACAUACCCGAUCGCGAUACGUAUUAUGAUCAAGUGGACACUUUGCAAGACCAAGGAAUAGAUGAUAUAAUUCAGUUGUAUAUGUCUAAACAAGGCACAGAUUUGGAUCUUUUAAGACAGUUACAAAUAUUCGAAGCUGUACUUCUCUACGAAGACGGGGAUGAAACCGGCACAGCUCUAAAGCAACUAGAUGACUCAGUCAUAAUGUCUUUAGGGCGAAGGAGUCUCAAUUUAAAUACGACCGAAAGACGGAAAUCAAAGAAGCAACAAGCAAAGGAAAAAGCAAAACUGCCAAUCACCCACCAUAUGGAUUCUGACAUUAAAUCAAAUAGUAACAUUCGCACAUCAUACUCACCAACAAUAAACGAUAACAAAGAGAACAAAGAACUGACGCCGGCAUGGAAAAGAAGAAAAGAUAGAUUUGCAAGACAAGCACAUCAUAUAAUACAGCAACAAGAAAUGUUAAAUAACUCAAAUGAUAUUUACAAUGGUCUGUUUGGUAACAUUAACGGAGAUCGUAAACGUACCAGUACUACUUACUCAGAAUCCAAUGGAGAAUUUCCAACUUCCCCUUCUUACACUGAAGAGAAUUAUACCAAAACGAAUGGUGCUUUAAACGGCCAACUGCAAUAUACCAGUAAUGGAAUCAAUAGUCCUAUCGAGGAAGAAAAACCCUUCGAAAGCAGACUCCCAAAAACCAACUACUUACCAGAUGUGUUGAAAAACGCUAAUUUAAGAUACACCGGUGGCCUGAAACAGAGAUUACGUAAUGGAACUCUAGGACACACCGUUAACGCGGUAGACACUCUUGCUGCGAUGAAGCAAAAACAAAAUGAAACCUCAUCUGAUGUGAAAGAAGAUAGAGGAAUUAUAAUUAACAGAGAACAUAGUAUAAAAGAUAUAGCACAAAUGUUAACAAACCCCGUGAGUCCCAAUGCAGAGGAAAAACCUCUAAAAGUGGCAGAUAUGGCGGGGAUUGUUUUAAAAGCCAAAGAGGAAUUAGCAAAAUCUCAAUCAAAAGAAAUCAUCAAAAGCCCUAGCAUUGAAAAAAGUACCAAAGUACCUGAAUUGAAAAUAUCAGAAAAUGAUUUACAUUGGGAAAAGCUUAAACAAAGCGGUCUGAAUAGGGAAUUUCAUAUAUGUGACUUGGAUUUUUCUGACUUGAAACAAGAUUCGGACGAUGAAAUGACAUCCCCGACCAAGAACGGAAAUAGUGGUCCACCACCUCCUCCACCCAAUAUGUUCCCGUCUUUGGGAAUGCCUCCCCCAAUGCCAGGCUCACAGCCUCACACUCCGAAGAAUAGUGUCCCAAAUCCUCCACCAUCAUUACCCCUUGAUUUGGGGCAAGAUUGUGACAGGGGUACUAUUAAGAAAAAUAAAAAGACUGUAAAACUAUUUUGGCGAGAAAUCCAAGAAAAUCCUAUACCUCCGCCAAUAAGGUCCAAAGUUGGAGGUUUCAUUUGGGAUGAACUCCCAGAAGUCCCCGUGGACACAGCUAUGUUAGAGCACCUUUUUGAAUCUAGAACCAAUGACUUAAUAAUUAAGGAGAAACUAAUGGAACCAAAGAGAAAUCUUAUAUUAGACGCUAAACGAUCAAAUGCCAUCAAUAUAGCAAUGAAAAAGUUGCCAACACCGCAGACAAUCAAGGCGGCUAUUAUGAAAAUGGAUGCUACAGUUAUAGGACGAGAAGGGAUAGAGAAGCUGUUGACAAUGCUCCCAACAGAAGAAGAAAAAGUAAAAAUACAAGAAGCGCAGUAUGCCAAUCCGGACUUACCGCUUGGAAGUGCCGAGCAAUUCUUGCUCGCAUUAGCAACCAUUAAUGAAUUGUCUUCAAGACUUAAGCUUUGGGUCUUUAAACUAGACUUUGAUAAUUUAGAGAAAGAAAUUAGUGAACCAUUAAUGGACCUGAAACAAGGAAUUGAAUUGUUAAAAGUGAACAAAACGUUUAAAGUAAUAUUGUCUACAUUGAGAUCUGUAGGAAGCUUUCUUAAUGGUUGCCAAGUGAAAGGUUUUCGAUUGGAGUAUUUGUCUAAAGUUAUGGAAGUAAAGGAUACGGUGCACAAACAUCCACUGUUGUAUCACAUAUGUGAAAUGAUCAUUGAGAAGUUCCCUGAUACCACGGAUUUCUUCAGCGAGGUGGGACCAGUAAUUCGCGCAUCCAAAGUCGACUUUGACAUUCUAUCGGCAAACCUUCACAAAUUAGAGUGUGACUGCAAAGCCUCCUGGGACCACAUGAAGAGGGUGGCAAAGCAUGACAGUGCUCAGAUUUGCAAAACUAAAAUAAAUGAGUUUUUAAUUGAUGCCGCUGAAAGAAUCAUUAUUUUAGGUGUAAUCAAAAAAAGGAUUAUGAAAAGGUAUAGCAAGUUUUUGUAUUUCUUAGGAGUUCCACCUGCAGAGGUGGUGAAAACGAAACCAUCUGAGUUCCUCAAAGUAAUUGCAGAAUUUGCACUUGAAUACCGAACUACCAGAGAGCGGGUACUACAACAACUAGAAAAACGAGCUAAUCACAGGGAGAGAAAUAAGACUAGAGGGAAAAUGAUCACUGAUGUCGGUAAUUUCUCCAAUAAAAAUGGAGAUUAUGCAGCAGAUUGCGCUCUAAAAGAACUAUUGCGCGCUGAUGGUGACACGGUGACUGACGGCAGACGAAAAUAUCAGACCACAGAUACGAACUUCAUAAAGUAAGUUCCAUGUCUGUAAAACUGUGAUAUAGACCCAUCCGAUUAAAAUAGUUACUUAUCUUAAGAGGCAGUGGAUCUCGUACGAAAUGUAGCUGAAUAUCUGUAGCGGGC